UGGAGGAGCUGAAAAUAUGGAGGAAAGAGAGUUGUAACAGGGAAAAUUAGACAUUUCACCCCCCAAAAAAUAUUAUUAAACCGAUCAAGAAGUGUAACGGUCGAAGAGGCAAUAUCCAAGCAGUGAAAAAGAGAACGACAAUCAGGGGGAUUGACUCGAAGAAGGGGAGGAGCCUACUGAUCCACCAUACCUCUGGACCAAAGUCAUGGCUGACUCCGAAGACCCACUUUAGAACCUUCAGUCCCUUCCCAAACACAAGCAAAUACACACUUGCCUAAGGCUUUAUCAUCCUAAUUCUUAUUACCUUCAACUUGACUGAGUUUUGGAACAACAAAGAUCACUAACACAAUCAUCUCUGGCUUCUCCGUUCAUCAUUUCUGCCAACACCACAGCUGUGGAGGUGAAGACAACUCUCCCCUCGGGGAUGCAGAGCCCUGUGGGCGGCAGUGAGCAGGGUGUUGGAGGUGGCGGCGGUCCCGUGGACCUGAGGACAGAUCCCAGGCUGGGACCCCUGGGUGGAGGGGUGGAUCCAGCCAUGAGGGAGCAGCAACUGCAGCAUGAACUGCUCCUCCUCAAGCAGCAGCAGGAGCUUCAGAAACAGCUUCUCUUCGCUGAGUUCCAGAAGCAGCAUGAGGUGCUGACACGCCAGCAUGAGGUUCAGCUGCAGGAGCACCUGAAGCAGCAGCAGGAGAUCCUGGCGGCCAAGCGGCAGCAGGAGCUGGAGCAGAAGAGGAAGCUAGAGCAGCAGAGGCAUGAGGAGCUGGAGAAACAGAGGCUGGAGCAGCAGCUCCUCAUGCUACGCAACAAGGAGAAGGGCAAAGAGAGUGCCAUUGCCAGUACGGAGGUGAAGCUGAAGCUCCAGGAGUUCCUCCUGAGCAAAAAAGAGCCUGGCACACCUGGCGGACUAAACCAUUCCUUCACCCAUAAAUGCUGGGGGGCCCACCACACCUCUCUGGACCCCAACUCCCCCCCUCAGAGUAACACUCCGGGAACGCCGCCCUCCUACAAACUACCCCCGCUACUGGGGUCCUACGAGGGCAGGGACGAUUUCCCUCUCCGGAAGACUGCCUCCGAGCCCAAUCUGAAGGUGCGUUCGCGGUUAAAACAGAAGGUAGCUGAGAGACGGAGCAGUCCUCUGCUGAGGAGGAAGGACGGGACAGUGAUAAGCACCUUCAAAAAGAGAGCCAUCGAGAUCUCUGUGUCCUCCAUGUGCAGCAGUGCCCCUGGCUCCGGGCCCAGCUCGCCCAACAGCUCCAACAGCGCCAUCGCAGAGAACGGCUCCAGCGGCUCUGUCCCCAACAUCCACGCAGAGCAGCUGCGGUCCCUCCACCAGACCCUUAACGCUGAUGGGACAGUCAGUCCGCUGAGCCUCUACACAUCCCCCUCGCUGCCCAACAUCUCCCUGGGCCUGCCAGCCAACUCGCACCUCACCGCCAAUCAGAAGCUGUUGCAGGAGGCGGAGAGGCAGGCCAUCCAGACCAUGCGUCAGGGUGGGGCUCUGACGGGCAAGUUUGUCAGCACCUCGUCCCUGCCGGCAUCAUGCCUGCCACCUGGGAUGCAACACGACUUAGACUCCACCCAGGCCCCCAACAGCCACAGCAGUCACUCCUCCCUACUGCAGCACGUCCUCCUGCUGGAGCAGGCCCGCCAGCAGAGUGCCCUCCUCUCAGUCCCCAUGUACGGUCAGUCGCCGUUGGUGACAGGGGAGCGGGUGUCCAACAGUAUGCGCACGGUGAACAAGCUACCACGCCACCGGCCCCUGAGUCGCACACAGUCUGCACCCCUCCCCCAGAGCCCCCAGGCCCUGCAGCAGCUCGUCAUGCAGCAGCAGCACCAGCACUUCCUGGAGAAGCAGAAGCAGUACCAGCUCAACAAGAUUCUGUCAAAAGGGGUGGAGCUUCCUCGCCAACCACCCACCCACCCCGAGGAGACGGAGGAGGAGCUCACAGAGACGCAGGAGAUGCAGGAGGAGGGGGCGGGGUCUGAGCGUCUGGGGGAGGGGCGUCCUCAGGAGCAGAGGCUCCAGAAGGAAGAGUCGGGGGAGACGUCGCCCCCUUCAGAACGCCUGCUGACCCCCCUGAAGGGCGAGAGCACAGAGAGCGAUUUGGAGGAAGAGGAUGAUGAAGACGAGGCCAUCGAGCUGAGGGAGUGUGAUGAGGAGGGCGUACCUUACGGCCAACAUCACCUGCAACAGCUCAAUGUGUUCCAGGCGUCCCUGUCCAUUUCGGGCAUGCCUCACAGACCUCUGGGAAGGGCCCAGUCCUCCCCUGCCACUGCCAGCGUCAAGGGGGCUCCCAUGGGUGAGGUCCCCAUCAAGCACCUCUUCACUACAGGGUUGGUGUACGACACCUUUAUGCUGAAGCACCAGUGUAUGUGUGGGAACACCCACAUCCACCCAGAGCACGCCGGCCGCAUCCAGAGUGUGUGGUCCCGGCUGCAGGAGACUGGGCUGCUGGGCCGCUGUGAGCGGAUUCGGGGGAGGAAGGCCACAUUGGAUGAGAUCCAGACUGUGCAUUCAGAAUACCACACCCUGCUGUACGGCACCAGUCCCCUCAACAGACAGAAACUAGACAGCAAGAAGCUCUUAGGUCCAAUCAGUCAGAAGAUGUAUGCUGUGUUGCCCUGUGGAGGCAUUGGGGUGGACAGUGACACUGUGUGGAAUGAGAUGCACUCCUCGGGCGCUGUCAGAAUGGCUGUUGGCUGCGUCAUCGAGCUGGCUUUCAAAGUGGCCGCCGGGGAACUGAAGAACGGCUUUGCCGUGGUGCGUCCACCAGGCCAUCACGCUGAGGAAUCCACUGCCAUGGGCUUCUGCUUCUUCAACUCAGUGGCCAUCACAGCCAAGCUGCUACAGCAGAAACUAGGAGUGAGCAAGAUACUCAUCGUGGACUGGGAUAUUCACCAUGGUAACGGGACACAGCAGGCUUUUUACAACGACCCCAACGUACUUUACAUUUCCAUGCAUCGCUACGACGAUGGAAACUUCUUCCCCGGCAGUGGGGCUCCUGAAGAGGUGGGGGUUGGACCUGGUGUUGGCUUCAACACAAACAUCGCUUGGACAGGGGGUGUAGAACCGCCCAUGGGGGACGUGGAGUACCUGACUGCCUUCAGGACGGUGGUGAUGCCCAUAGCCAACGAGUUCUCCCCUGACGUGGUCCUAGUGUCCGCUGGGUUUGAUGCCGUGGAGGGCCACCAGUCCCCUCUGGGAGGAUACAACGUCACUGCUAAAUGUUUCGGCCACCUCACCAAGCAGCUAAUGAAGCUGGCGGGGGGACGUGUGGUCCUGGCGCUGGAAGGAGGUCACGACCUCACGGCCAUCUGUGACGCCUCCGAGUCCUGCGUGGCGGCCCUGCUCGGCGAUGAGUUGGACCCCCUGCCACAGGCUGUCCUGCAACAGAAGCCCUGUCCAAAAGCUGCUGCCUCUCUGGAGAGGGUCAUCGAGAUACAGAGUAAACACUGGAGCUCUCUCCAAAGGUUGGCUCCCACGGUGGGCCAGUCCUUAAUGGAUGCCCAGCGGAGAGAGAAGGACGAGGCCGACACGGUCACUGCCAUGGCAUCGCUUACCGUGGAUACUGAGCAGGCCGCCGCUUCCACCGUCUCCACGGAGACCAGCAGGUCUACAGAAGAGCCAAUGGAAGAGGAGCCUGUCUUGUAGGAAGAAACGGAGAGUUGUCACGACAGCGCAACACCUUUAUCUCCAUGUCCUUCGGCACUAGCCUUCUCCUGUCAUCCUCUCCUCUUUCCAGCUCUCGCCUCACCUCUUUCCAUUUUCUGAGGAAUGAUGGACUUGUGCUAGCCUCCCUUUCCAACUCACUGAGGUGAGUGUUAAAGUGUGUGUGUGGGAGAGGAGAGGCGGGAACACACACACACUGACCUAAAGGGGGCAACGGCGGAUAUGCGUGAUUGGUGGAGAAGCAGGAAGAGGCGGGACCUUUUGAGGAGCCUGUGUGUCUUGCUUUUUUCUUUGAAUCUUUUUUUGUAAGCAGAAGGCAGUGGAUCCAGGAGGGUACCUCGGCUAUGAGGCCCGAGAAGCUUUGUACAUUUUUUGUCAUACUUUAUACUUUUCAGGAACAUUAGAACUGAAAAAGCCAACAAGCAGCAAAAAUAUUUCAACAGCCACAAAUACACUCAAACACACCCGCAUUAUAUUAUACACACUAAGUUCCCAACAGCGGAACAACAAUGGGGUUGUAUCAAUGAAUAAUGCUCUUCCUUUCAGAGCAUGCGUACCUCUGUUCCUAUUUUGUCUGUCGUUUGGUAUUCUCGUGCGUCUAUUCAAUAAUCUGUUCAAAGAAGCACACAAACAUAUAUGAUAUGUAUAUUCCUUUCACUGUAUCCGAUAUCAGCUGUGGUUGUGGAGUGGAGGUCGAGCUGUGGAUCCUGCCAAGGGGAACUUACUGGCUGAAGGAGACAACAUAUCUCCAAUACAGCCUGAAGCCUCAGCUCCCUCCACUUUGUAUGGGACAGAAUGCAUUUUGAGGUGGUUUUACCGUUCUACUUUGUUUGGACUAUCAAAAAAGGACAUGCAUAGCCACAAUCAAAUUUACCGCUUGGUGCAAUGGAAGCCCAUGGAUUGGACGAGGAAGGAUUUUGUGGAAUAAUGCUUGGAUUAUAAACUUUGUCUCACGCUUGCUGCUGCGACUGGGAGACUUGUGGUGGUCACGAGACUGGAGAAAGACGUUUUUAGAAGAACUUGGUGCCUUUAUAUUAAAUAUCCCUGUUAACACCAACUACACCACCACUUAGCAGAACACAGGACAGAAAGACAAAUCCACACACUUGUUACUCUCAUGUCUGUUUUGUUUGUAUAUUUGUUUGCUUGUUUGUUUCUUUCAAAAUGCCUUAAUUUCCUCCAGAGAAUGCACCAUUUUAGCUAUCUCUGCAGAGAGAGCAGAGAUAGGAUUCUUCUCCUAUGUCCUCUCUUUCUGGGUUUGUGUAAUACUCUAGGUCAAAGGUCAGUGUGGCCUUAACAACUGAGGUUUUUUUGCGUCCUUUAUCAAUCCCGACCCGUACAUAUGCGGCUGACAGUAUGAUUGUGAGGAAAUUUGAACGCUACAACGACCAACUUUUUUUGCUAUGUCACUUCCUGUCACUUGUAAAUACUGCAUCCUGUUCUGCUCUGGCAAACCCCUCAACCUGAGACGGUUCAAUAACGAACUCAUUGUUUUUCCGUUUAGAGAGGAAGGACUGAACUUGGUCACUUUUUUUUUAAACAAACGUUUUAAUUUGUCAAAUAUAAGAUGUAUACGAAUAAUGACAAUAAGUGUUAAUCCAAUCAAAUUGGAUAUGAAUAUUACAUUUGAGAAGAGUAAAAAAACAAAAAACAUUUCAUGUUAAAGCCACCUCUAAGCACACAUCGUGUUAGUUUUGCUAUCAAUGUUUUGUCCUUUUUUCUAAGUGCCAUUUGUUUUAUCCACACAAAAAAAAAGACAACAGAAAUUGUGAUUUGGUGAUAUGUGGAUCGAUCUCAUUUGGCAAAUAACCAUGAGCAAGCACCACUUAAGAUGUUUACACUGCAAUACCCCAAUCCCUCAAAACUGAUGCCCACUUGUCAGCUGUCAUAAACCCUUUGUUUGACUUAGUGUCCAGGUGCUGUUUUAUCUGGUCUCCGUUGUUGUCAUCAAUAUUUAUAUUUCUCAAUCAAUGAAAAGUGUUUGCACUUGACACAUAUGAUCAAACAAAUUAAAUACUAAGAUUUCUUUGGAAAAUAUAUUUUUCAGUGGGAAUUAGCACAAUCUAUCAUGCUUGAGGAAUUCAUACAAAUCAAGUAUAUCUACUAGAGAAUGGUAACCGACACCUCCCUUAAAGACAUGCUCUGGAAAUUUGGCGGCUACGGAGUAUUUUUUAAACCUCCCGCUUUGGGCUGGAUGUGUCAAUGUGUAGUUCAUACAUGCAUAAUCUAUGAGCAGAAUUACUGUUUUACCUCAAUUAGCUACGCAAUCCCUAGUUUAAAAGCCACUGUUUUUGGAUGCUGUGCUGCGGCAUUUUCCUUAUAUUUUCCCCCACUUGGGCCAGCCCCCUAGUAAUUUGAGUAGAACCAAUGAGCUUCUGCCCCUCGCCAGCUAGCGAAAUGUACAUGGUACACCUACAGCAGAGAGAGAUCAAUGACAUGGUGCACAUAUCUGCACAUAUGUGACGUAAUACACAACUGUUGGGGGCCACUUUUUGCUCGUUAGCACAACUUUCAGAACUACCGGUUAAAAAGUAUCCAAAAGUACCGGAGAAUCUCUUUAACCAGCAUACUCUCAGAUAAUGUGUGGUGCAGAGCUUGUCUACAUUGAUCAUUUUCUUUUAUUUCAAGCAAUGUAACAAAACACUGACCAAGUCUUCUGCAUCUGUCCUCUUUAUUGAGGUAAAAAACUAUCAUUAAGGAAUAGGUUAUUUCUAUAGAGUUUUUCCCUGUAAUCAUAUAUUUAAUUCUCUACCUGUCCACUCAUCAUCGUAACGUACUUUUGUCCCUUUGUCAUACAACUGUAUAUUGAACUUAUCUACAUACUGUAAUAACUAUACAGUGACGAUGUUUUCAUGAACAUUAAAUGGGUGUCAACACCUAACUCCC